ACUCUUGUCUUGGAAACAGAGAGUGUUGUCAAACGUUGCUAGGGAAGUAGUCGAGCUAACGGUACUUUUUAAGUAAGCCCCAACUGUGAACGAGAGGUAACUUUGAUUCAGCGUGAUAACACUAAAAUACUCAAGUAAAUACGACUCUUGAAAUUUUACCUGUUUACUAGUAACAUCUCACAAACGAUGGUUUCAAGCGUUAGCACAGCUAGCUGUAUUGCUAACUCUUAGUAAUGAUUCAUAAGAUGUUAUUAUUCACUCAGAAAGUCAGAUAAUGUCAGCUAAAAUCAAUGCAUCAUUGUUCAGCAACACUAAAACGAAACUACGUGAUUUACUCUGAGAUUUCAGCUUGAUUCGUUCUCUAAAACUAACUAACGCUGCUACUAUUUAUUAUACAACAUGUAAAAUAAAAGGUCCCAAAGCGAUCACUGACUAAUGUUGCUGUUUUAAUACACUCUUAUUAAUGGCUGCCAACAGUGUUUGUAGUAGCGGGUGUGAAAAGAGGAUUCAGCAGACGAAACAAAGUCAUUGAACUGAUGAGGAUUACACUGACUGAUUGUCCUCCCUGUGUGUUCAGGUGUAUGUCUGUCAAUAAUGAGAAAGCUUCAGCCACCUGACUACAACUGGUGUCAGACAGGAGAAGAGGAUGGCUGAGGAUGGAGAGGACAGCCUCCAGCAGAAGACUGGUAAAGGAGACUCAGUUGUCAACGACAGCCGGGCUCUCAAGACCCCCUUUGUGACCACCAAACCCUGCAAGGAACACAAGGAUGCCCUUAAACCCAGUGCCACAAACACAGAUGGGGAGAUCAGCCCAUACCAGCCUCGACCUCCCCUACGACCCCGGCUGUCCAGUAGAAGUGGCUCAGUGGAGGAGACCAUAAGAACCAGAAGGCUGAAAAACAGUCAAGAGAGUCUGAGUGACCCGACUGAGACCGGCUCCUCCACAGACUCACUCAAAGACGACCAAACUGCUUCUGCACCAGGUGGGUUCGUUCUCAGAGGUGCUGCCACUACCAGGAAUAACCAGGACUCCAGUGGGAGACCGGGUUCUGCUAUUACUAGAGGAUCCCCAGUCUUCCGGGACAGAGGCAGCAGUCUGUCUGAGUAUGAGCGGAGGCCCACCAGUCAGCAGAGCGACCUCACAGACCACAGAGUGAGGUCCGCCAAGGUGCGUCUGUCUCCAGUGCAACCCACGGGGCCGCUGCCUGCUCUGGAGAAGAGCUUUGCAUCGGCCUCUUUAAGGGCGGCUAAUAGGAUUGGCAGGGAUUGUUUGGAUUAUGCAGUGCUGGCCAGAGAGAAACACGGGGAGAGACUCCACAGGAACCUGAGCGACAGUCGGCUUCUGGAGAACAUGGGCUCUGAUAGCGCCUCUGUCAACUCCAUGAGGUCUACUUACAGCGUGCUCAGCCCCAUCAGACCCCAGGAUGUGAGGAACAGGUACAGUUCUAGUGGACUACACAGAUGAUCUAGCUCGACUGUAAUCAUCUUCAGAGGUGUGAUAAGGUGUAAUAACUCUUCCUGGUGUCAGAAGUCUAUUAAAAUAAAGCCAGCCUCUUUUAAUGGACCUUAGCUCCUGGUUUGGACGUGGGCCAGUGAUGACAUGAACGAGGGUAAAUGUACAUAUGGUUGUGAACAUAUGUGUGUUUUAGUUUUUAAUGAUUGGCAGCCAGUGUAAUGCACCUAUAAGAAGAAGAGAGUGUUUUUUGUGUGUAACUUGAUUUGUACUGAUGAUGUUCUUGAUUGUAAAAACAUGAAAAAUGGAGGAUUAUACUUUCCAUGCAUCACAGGUGUGUCUUGUCUUUGUCCAAACCAACAGGAGGGGUGAGGAAGGGAGCUUUCCAAUCCAGAAUCUGACUGUUAGAUAUGAUCAAAUAUUCAAGUGUCUUAGGCUAAAAAGAUUGCCUGUUUUCCUUCAAAUUUCAGGAGCUUCCUGGAAGGCAGCGUGCUGGGAAGCCGUGCUCUGCUAGGGGCAGAAGAGUUGGAUCGCUACUUCCCCGACAGGAGGGUGGGCAUCUACGUCGCCACAUGGAACAUGCAGGGAGAAAAGGCAAGAGAAAACCAGGGCUCUGUGGCUUCUCAUGAGAAAAAAAGACACAUUAAGUUCAGUUUCGCCUUCAUGUUCAGGCCCAAACUGAGUUGUGAUCCUGGCUCUGUGUUUUUCAGGGGCUUCCAUCCAACUUAGAUGAUCUCCUCCUUCCAACAGACUCUGAAUUUGCACAAGAUUUUUACGUUAUCGGGGUUCAGGAGGGCUGCCCUGACAGGUAUGUUUGAUUCUGGUAUGAGUGAUUAAAUAGAAGCUGUGAUUGAUCACUCCCUUACGCUGCUUUAUAUGUGGCUCUGUAUGUGCAGGAGGGAGUGGGAGACCCGUCUUCAGGAGACUCUGGGACCUUACUAUGUUAUGCUGUACGCUGCAGCACAUGGUGUUUUGUAUCUAAACGUGUUUGUCAGGAGAGACCUCAUCUGGUUCUGCUCAGGUCAGCUGUGAUGUUGUAUUUCCUGAGUGGAUGUUGUUGUAUUUUUAUCACUAUGUCCUGGUUGUGAAAUCAACAGUAUCAUUUUUUUCUGUUGGUCCACGCAGAAGUGGAGCAUGCCACAGUCACAACCAGGAUCAUCUCUCAGAUCAAGACCAAAGGGGCUGUGGGACUGGCUUUUACCUUUUUCGGGACUUCUUUCCUCUUCAUCACAUCCCAUUUUACCUGUAAGUAAAGGUUUCAAAGUCAGUGGUGUUUGUCACAGGAGGGUUUCAUCAUGGAGUUUGUAGAUAGGACUGAUGAGUUUUGUAGUUUUUGUUUUAGAAGAUGUACCAGAAUGAAAUUUGCCUCCUUCGAGUACAAAGAGGAAAACGUUGUAGUUAUUUAAGGUCGCUGAGACACUCACCAAAGUGCUUUAACAUCUAUAAUAUCUCUUCUUCCUCAAGCUGGAGAUGCCAAAGUUUACGAGAGGAUACUGGACUACAACAAGAUUGUUGAGGCUCUGGCUCUUCCAAAAGGCCUUCCAGACACAAACCCAUACCGCUCCACACCAUGUAAGAUUUUCAAGUAUUUGGGUUUAAUGCCUUGAUGGUGUCACAUAAAGGCUCAAAAUAAUCAAAGCAUAUUACUUUCUUUUGCAGCUGACGUCACCACAAGAUUCGACCAGGUCUUCUGGUUUGGAGAUUUCAACUUUCGAAUAAGUAAGGACCGUGUCGAUGUAGAGUCCAUCAUAAACCGCACAGUAGGAGGGGACAUGGGCCCUCUUUUGGAACACGACCAGCUCUCCAAAGAAAUUAAAGAGGGUACGCUGUCACAAAGACAGUUAAAGCUUCAGCGUCUAGAGAGGUUUUACUGUGAGGUUGAUGUUCGCUCUGAUUGUGCUGCUUUGCUUCCUUAGGCUCCAUCUUUAAAGGCUUCCAAGAGGCACCGAUACAUUUCCGCCCCACAUACAAGUUUGACAUUGGCUGUGAUAUCUAUGACACGACUUCUAAACAGAGGACACCUUCAUACACAGUAAGGAAAUAACCUAAGCUGCUCCUGUAUUCAGUAAUAUAAACACUUUAAUCUGCCAAACUAACAAGGGUGCUAAAUUCAUCAUCUUGGAUUAAACUGCUCUGCUUAUGUUCACAGGACAGGAUCUUGUUCAGAAACAGGCAGACAGAUGACAUACAGGUGGUCAAGUACACCAGCUGCUCCAGCAUCAAGACCUCAGACCAUCGGCCAGUCAUCGGCGUCUUCCAGGUCAAACUCAGACCAGGCAGAGAUAAGUAAGUCCCACUGCCAUUAGAGAAAGAUCCUUUAAAGGACCAGUAUGGAAGAUUUGUAGGUUUCUGCCUGAAAUCCAACCAGACAUUUAUGAGUAGGUUUUUAUUAGUGCAUCAUUAAAUAAAGAGAAGAAUCAUUAAGUUUUAUAACAUCAUGAUAAGAAGGCAAAAAAAGGCACAAUAGCUCCAGUGAGUUUUUUUCUUGUGUACCCUCGCCGCUGUAGGUCCUCCUGCACUCUGGAUGGUGGGAUUAUAAACUGUCAUGAUUAGGGGGAUAUCACUCAAUGCAGUUUUUUGCACAACCUUUUCAGGGUCCUGAUACUUCUAACAUUGUUUGCCACAAGAUGAAGUACUAUUUAACAAGACUCUCCACAUUCUUGACUCUGUCACAGUUAGUUUGAUGCUCAACAUAAACCAGAACUACAACUUUAUCAGGACUGUUUAUCCUCAUAACAUGAUUUCACUCCUAAAAUAUGAUGACUUUACUACGACUUUAUUUGAGUUAUAAUUUAUAAUUUAAUUUAAAAGAAAACAUUUCAGUUCAAUUUCCUUUUGAUUUGAUUCUCGUGAGCAUGUUAUCUUGUUAAGACUUUAUUCUUGUUAGAGGAGGACUUUUUAUGGAUUUGUUCUUAUAAGAUAACUUUCUCUCAACUUUAUCCUCAGGAGGAAAUGACUUUUUAGAACAAAUACUUAGAAGUUUUUAUUUGCAACUUUACUCUUGACUUUUGAAGACUUGUUUAUUGAGAAAUGACUUUUGCACAACUUAAUUCUUCUGAGGUAAUGCCUUCUUUUCUCAACUUUAUUUUCAUGAGAAAUUUGUGUUUUUGCAACUUAAUUCUUGGGAGAAAAUGAUUUAUUUAUGACUAUUGUUGUUGAAAAUUGACUUUUUUUUCUGGAACUCAUAAUUCUUCAUAAGAAUAUGAUUGUAUUGUGAUUUUGUUCUUGUGAGAAAAUUACUUUAAUGACUUUAUUCAAUUCAGAGAAUGACAUUUACACCAUUUUUACUUUAAGUUUACUCCUGCCCCCCUCACAGUGGUUAUAGUUGUUAAGAAUCACAGUAUAGUCUCAAUGGUCUCAUUUGCUUUUGUAGGUUAUGAAUAGACUUUUGCAGGUCUGUAUUGAUGAUACUAUUGUCUUUCUUUGUUAGAUUCCCAUUCCCUUGUGUUUAAAUUCUGAACUCUGACUCUUGUCUUUCCAUGAAGACUUAUUUUAAGUCUUUUGUGUUCUUUUUGUGUUGUUUAGUAUUCCACUGGGGGCAGGCCAGUUUGACCGAAGCUUGUACUUGGAGGGCAUCAGGAGGAGGAUCACCAGAGAGCUGAAGAGAAGGGAGGCCAUGAAGAACCAAAGCAGCAGCACCAUCUGCACCAUCUCCUGAAAACCUUUUUAUAAACUCUGGUCCUGUCGUGACAGGAUGAAACUGUGCCAGAAACUGGAACUCAAAAACCAGGCAGGUGGGACGAGGCCAAAAAGGAAACCAGAGUUUUCCGACUGACAUUUCUCAGAGCUGGGCUCUGGUCAUAGUGGGUGAGCAGGGUGCGCCCUCUGUUGGGCAUUAUGGGGAACAUGGUAUGUGUGAGAGAGUCCUGGUGGAAGUGGCUGACUGGACUUGAGGGCAGGGACCUUGAGGUCAGGCAGACUAAAGGUUUGCAGACACAGCAGUCUGGUCUUUAUUUAUUUAGCAGCUUCCUUUUCACGAACAGGAGUGUGUGGGGGGAGGGGGGCUGUGGUUGUGGCUUACUUUUCUGUUACAAAGCUCUGGCCUGGACUGAUUUGACCUUAAAAACCUCUGUCUGUCUGCAUUCAUUUCCUGACUUUUAAAGAUGGUUAAAAAAGCAUAAUGAACUGUAAUGAUAUGAUUGUCUGAAUGCUACAUCAGUGUUCAAAUGCCUUCUUAAUCUCACAUCCAUCCGCUUACUGAACAUUUCUGUGUCGAGUUGCACUUUGUACGGUCAUACAGCUGUCUGCCAUUGACUGAUUUUAACUUGAAUUAAGAUUUUAAACUGAACGUUUAAUAGGAGAGAUCAAGUUUGACUGAAAAAGUGCGUUAGGAUCAAAUGUAGAGUCAUAAGCACAGCGGUGAUGAACACUACAGUCCCUAUUGUUACGACUUGUUAAAUGUUACUGUUGAAUUUCAGGGAGAUCAAAUGUAUUUUUAGAUAACUGAGUAAUUAUACUGUUAACACCGGUCACUACUUUUCUCUUGUUAGGCCAAGUGAUUCUUUCUGACAAACUGAUGCCUUACCUCUUGUUUCACGGCUGUGUAGCUUCAUGUGUUCUUGACUGUAAUCCAUGUACUGUAACAUUAACAGCAUCUGGGGGCAUGAAGAGUACAGUCUGCUCUUAAAAGUGCCUGUGAGUCUUCUUUGUUUCUUCAGGGCCUCUAAUCUUUACCCGUCUUUUUAUAUGUUGACUGACAUCCUGUAAUAAAUGUUUACAAAAACUCUCCCUCAGAAGUCACAUUUUGUUCAGCACACUCAAACAGAGAGAGCCUUAAAAUAUAGUUUUUUUAUUCACGGAGGUAAUUACAUGUAGCUGUUGGGUUACAGAUGUUAUGAGCCAGUAGAAAUACACCAGUGUCUUUUUUUUUUUUUAACAUCCUAAUUAUUAGCAUGAAUGAAUCUUUUAAAGGAAAAGUGCAACAUGUCGAGGCAAUCCACAGAGCAGCCCCACUGACUGCAUUAGUUUGAAAGAUUUGACUUUUGACAGCCAAAUAAACUAUUUAUAUAUGGACACUUCAGAAGCAGGGCUGUGUCUUCAGCUGCUUGGGUGACACCUACCCCCUUGCAGCAGUAUUGGUUGUCAAAAACAACGUAAUAAAAAUCUUAAAUGUUGUUGCUAAUAGUCUUGUUUGCUUUAGUUUAUCUCAAGAAAGGAAAAACGUGAAUUUCAGUGUGACAUUAAUGUCCAAAAACUCCUCACUGGAGCUUUAAGUUGACACAGAUUUGAGUGAGUUGUUUUGCUGUUCAGUCAUCUCAGUAAAUUUGCCUCAGCAGAAAAACUGCCUGUAAAUUUCUGUCAUAUUUGAUGGUAAAACUCGAAUGUUAAAGUCAUCUCAGAGUUAACUCUCCACCAGAAUACAAACAGAUUUUUCUCCCUGAAGUCAAAUUGUUCCUCUAAUUUUAAGUGUCCUCUACAGUCCAAAUUAAACAAAGAAUAGAGAUGGGCGUAAGAAAAAAGAGAGGAGGAGAAUUUCUCUGUGUCAUUUUUGUGUGUUUCAAAAAAUAAAAGUUUGGGAACAAAACUGAAAGUUUAAGUUAAAUUUUGGAGUUUGUGCCAGGCUGAAAUUAAAGGUCAAUCUGAAGAUUAUGUUUUAAACAUUUGGUCAACAUUUGAUUCUCAGCGUUAAAAGUCUCAAUAUUUUUAACUGUUAUAUUAUAUAUUUGCAGCGACACCUAAGUUUGAACUUGACUAUACAUUCUCUAAAUGUGGAUAGUAUCUUUGAAAUAAAGACAAAAACCCUUCCCCUCGCCUUUUUCCCUUUAAUCUAUCACAGGACUGAGAUCAUGAAGUGCAUUCGUAUAAAUACGAGAUUCUCAUCUGCUUUAUUUCCCAUCCAUCAUAGAAAAAGAGUCAGGAGCGGUAAGAACAGCGUAGACAGUUCUGGGUAUCAAUGCCAUGCCUUUCUCUCGCCAAUAUAUUGAAGGUGAAUUCAUGAUAAAAUGUUAUAUAUCUAUAAACUUGUUCAUCACCGAACAGUGGGGAGAUUCAAACAGAAAUCUCACUCUGACUUUUGGGGGAAGUGUCCAUGUCAAGCAAACCCCUGCGAACCACCCAGCUGAUAGUGAAAUAUGGCUCAUUUAGAAUAAAUACAGAAACUCUGACUGAGCAUAGAGGACAGUGGAGUAAAAUGAAUUUUGCUUUAAAAUCCUCAUACUCAGAGGAUCAGUGGAGAGCCCGGGUUCUAGUCCCCUCCCGGAGUGAGCUGUGUCGAGUUCUGUGUUGGUGGGAGGGAACACGAGUGAAUCUUUCAGUCCAGCUUAUUUACACUGAUGUAUGCCAGUGAAGUCUGGCUCGACUUUCAGGUCCGGGGAUGUCUAUCUGAAGAGGCGAUACAUGCGGGGCAGACGCCCGUCCUUGCUGGAUAAGGCGGCCUGGAUGUGUUCGUAUGACGGCAGCUCUGUCAGGUCACCCAGGGCUGCUACUGCAGGCUUACUGCGCAGCAUCUUGGUGGUCACCCUCUUUAUGUCGCUGGCAGUCACGUUACCUAAAAUUACCAACAAAUAGAAAAACUACAUCAAUGCAAAUAAAAGAUUUCAAAACCUGUUAGUUUGAGUCAUAUAAAGCGCACCAUGAUAAACUGGGACUCUGUUAUAUUUGAAGCUGCAGUGAGGAAAUUUGGCUUGUUUUAGUUUUGGCGCCCCCCUGUGGACAAAGUGAUACCCCUCAUCUCUUCUCCUGUCUUUUCAGACAAAAACCUCAUCAUGUUGUCUACGAGCAGUGAAAUCUACCACCCUCUGUGAGUCUUCUCCAUAGGAAAAAUAAAAAGCUGUUUCUUUAGCCUGCUUUCAAACAUAUGGUCAUUUCCAAUAUUUUCAGAUGGGAUACACAAAUUUUUAGUUUGUUCCAUACUCACUUAUUAAAUCACACAAUUCAUGUGGCAACUUUCUCUUUCCUGUGGAGAGAACCUGACGACCGACGUCUUCAAAAAUGACCGGCCGUGACUCAAGGUUCAUCAUCAACAUGGACUUGAGCUGAGUCUUUGCUCUCUCCAGCUCCAUCUGGACGAACAAAAGGGACAAGGAUCAGUACAUCCCUCUCACAGGGGUAAAUGACCUUCAUUUCUUUAAACUGAUAUUACUACAAUAGUUACCUCUCCUGCACUACCAGCCAUCUGAAUGAACUCUCUGGUGAUUAUUUCCACCAUUUCUCGCACCUGGAGUCACACAAUAUGAAUGAUAAGAACUCCUCAUACAUAAAAGGGAUGAGACAGCAUUGGCGUUAAAAAGCUGAAUAAGGUUUGAAACCCUGCUGUCCGGGGUCUGUACAAACCUGUCUGGGGUCUGCACUGGCAUGGAUACACAGCAGACCACUGUCCUCAUAACUGUGAUGGUACGAGGUAGCAUUAUACAUCCAAUGAUGCCUAAAGAAGACAAAAAAAGUUCAUGUAACUAUUUUUUCACUGAUUUAUUAUCAGAUGUAAUCAUCUAAAAGGCUGAGUGAACUUUCACCUGUUGAGCACGUUCAGGUACAGGCGGGUGAACAUUCCUUUCCCAGGUCCCCCUGCAGAGAAGGAUCCACCUCCCCCCAUCAUCAUAUUAAGCACUGCAAAUGGGAUGAAGUCGUCCUCCUGUGAAGGUAGAACCU